AUGGUGAUCUUACAAUCUUCACUUGCACUUCUUGCUCUUGCAGCAGGAAGCAAUGUCGUCACAGCAAAGCAAGCUCCAAGUGCGACCUCCCAUGUUGUCCCAGCCCCGACCGGUACAUCAUACCCCGAUGGAUUCGACAUGAAGACCAGCUGGGCCAAUUUGAGUCCAUACGCCGACUCCCCAGGAUUUAAUGUCACAAAGGGCUUCCCGGCAAAGUGUGAACUUUCACAGGUCCACGUGCUCCACCGUCAUGCCCAGCGAUAUCCUGGUAACUAUUCAAGCGAUGGUGCAAAUAUGACCCAAUUUGCUGCCAAGUUGUCCAACUACGCCAAGAAGAAUCCCAACACCCCGGUCGCCACAGGACCACUAGAGUUCCUGAACGAUUGGGAAUACCUUUUGGGCUAUAAUGAUCUACUUCCUAGUGGCGCUGCCACUGAGGCGAACGCAGGUGCCUCGUUCUGGAGCCAGUAUGGCCGCUUGCUUUACCGUGCUGGUCGCGGUCAAGCGGACUGGAACAACUCUUUGAAUGUAUGGCCGAAUGGCACAGCUCGGGAGAAACCUACUUUUCGUACAACUUCCUACCCUCGUAUCCUAGAGAGUGCUCGUUGGUGGUUGAGCGGUUUCUUCUCAAAUGUGGGCGCAAAGAGUUCGUAUGAAGACUACAAUCUUGUCAUAAUACCCGAAGAGGAUGGUUUCAACAACACGCUCACCCCCUCGUCUUCAUGCACUGGAGGACAGGAAGCUGGCUUCUCCGGCCUCAAACAUUACCAAUAUGCCUUGGCCAAGAGUGUUCUUAAGCGCCUAACCAAGUAUUUCCCUGAAGACUUUGGCCUUGAUGCGUCUGAUGCUUGGGGGCUCCUUAACCUGUGCCCAUAUGAGUAUGCAACCCUAGGCCAAUCAUCCUUUUGUUCCCUGUUUACAGAACAGGAAUGGCGGAACUUUGAAUAUGGGAUCGACAUCGAGUAUUAUGGCAGUUAUGGCUUUGGAAGUCCCAGUGGUCGCGCUCAAGGAAUUGGAUAUGUGCAAGAGCUAGCUGCUCGUUUGAAAAAUCGACUUAUUACGAGCAGCCACUCCAGCAUCAACUACACAUACGACGAUAAUCUCAAAGAUUUCCCUCUCCAUCAAAAUUUCUACAUGGAUAUGUCGCACGACAACACCAUUGUUGCGGUUUUGACAGCGCUGGGAUUGGAAUAUUUCAACUACGGACCCCAUGGACUACCCAUCAAUGUCAUAAAUGCGCCCCAGGAGCGCAAUUUCUAUAUGUCCAAGGCAACGCCGUUUGGCGCACGUCUCUAUUCAGAAAUAUGGACUUGUCCUUCCGAUAUCUCGUUUGAAAACUUACAGCCGCAAAUGUAUAAGAAUCCAGAUCUCUCAUCUGACCGUGAUACCAAAGACUAUAUUCGACUUGUGUUGAACAAUGCGCCUCUGCCAUUUGACGGGUUCGUUCCCUGCGAGGAUUCAGUCAAUGGCUUUUGUCGUCUGGAGGAAUUUAUCGAUUAUAUUCCCGAACUGACAAAGCAGGCUGAGUAUGCCAAGUCAUGCGCCUACAGCUCAACCAGCACCGUUCAGGUUGGGAAUGGUCAGCCACCCAAGUCAUAG